AGAGCGCAUGCGCCGCCUUACGCUGGAGGGGAGCGAUUGGAGGGUGGGCGGUGCUGGGGCGGGGCGCGCCAUGUCUGUUUUUAGGCGGGAAUUGAAACCACCGCUGGUGUAGAGAUCUUGAGAGGUGCAGAUUCACACUCUUUAAGGGGACCAUGGUGCGGCCUGUAAGAAAUAAGAAGCCAGUCAAUUACUCACAGUUUGAGGCUUCUGAUAGCGAUGAUGAUUUUAUUUCUCCAACUGUACCUUUAAGCAAGAAAUCGAGAAUAACACCAACACCAAAAGAGUUAAAACAAGACAAACCAAAACCUAAUUUGAAGACUGUCCAGAAAGAAGACAUCCUACUACAAGAGAAUACCCCUAAAAAAAGGAUGACCUUGGAUGACAAGAUCUUCCAGAGAGGAUUAGAAGCUGCUCUAGCUUUAUCAGUGAAGGAACAUCCACCAGUCACCAAUGAUGUGCAGAAGUCUCAAGGUAAAAGCAUUGAAAAACAUGGCAGUAGUAAAACAGAAACAAUGAAUAAGUCUCUGCAUAUCUCUAAUUGCAGCGUAGCUGGUGACUAUUUAGAUUUAGACCAGAUUACAGAAGAAGAUGAUGCCUGCAGUGUUCAAGGGAAAAGAAAAGCACCUGAAGCUGCAGUGCAGCGGAGGAAGAUGCUUUUGGAAAACAGUGAUGGCAGCAGCGCCAGUGACACUGAGCCAGAUGAUGCAACCGGUGAAGAUUCUGAAAAUGAUUCUGAUUUUGAUGAGAGUGAAGAUGAGGAAGACUUCACUAUAACAAAAAGGAAAGUAAAAGAAAAUAAAAAGAAAGAAGUGAAGGUAAAAUCCCCAGUAGAAAAGAAAGAGAAGAAAUCUAAAUCCAAAUGUAAUGCUUUGGUGACUACAGUAGACUCUUCUCCAGCUACAAUCAAAUCAGAAUUUCAGUCCUCACCAAAGGAGGUUUCUUCUUCAGAGGCCACUAGGAAACCAUUACAGAUACGUAGUCCCUCAGCUGAAAGCAGGAGACCAAAGUGGGUCCCACCAGCAGCGUCUGUAAGUAGCAGCAGCAACAGCAGCCCACUGGCAGGUGUGACUGUGAAGUCCCCGAAUCAGAGUCUCCGCCUUGGCUUAUCCAGAUUAGCACGAGUUAAACCUCUCCAUCCAAAGACCACUGGUAGCCAAGUGUGGUAACAAAGAAGUGUCUGACUGAGAGAAUAACAGUUUUGCAAGUGUGUUUAUAGUUGAUUUGUAUGCAUAGUUGAGAAGGGAAUUGUAAUAUAGAGGGAUUCUUAACAUGGCAUAGAAAUGAUCUUUAAGAUUAUGAUUCUCUGUAAAGUUCCUCAGGACUUUGGGAGAGGUUUUUUUAUAAAUUAUCUUCUCAUGCCAUUCCUUGCAAAGAGCAUACUCUGCUUCUUAUGUCGUGGUCAUUAGUCGGUGGUGGUUUGACAUGAAGAAAGUGCGUGUUAUCUGUUGCGUGAUGCUCCUUCCUAGCUCCGUCUAGUUCAUGACUAUCAUCAUUUCUCUCAGGAGACUGAAAUUCUAGAAGCUAUUGAAGCUACACUGUCAGUUUUAUUGCAAGGAUGUUUUGUAUUUUGUCCAAAUCUUAACAGUAAAAAUUAGAACUAUUUUACCUAUUAAAAUAGUUACUGUUACUGUAUAGUAAAUAGAAUUUAAUGAUAUUUUACAAAUUCUUCACUGUCAAAAAUCUUAAAUAAAAGAAAGUUUCACAAUGCUCUUUUCUUUGAUACCAUUGCAUUCACCUAUCUCUCAUUAUCAACAGUUUAUGAUAAGAAUGUUACAAAGAAUAUUAGUCUUUUUGUUGUAGACACAACUAAAGGGAAGCUGUUUCUUAAAGUAGUCCCUUAAAAUUAAGCUGGUACUUUAAAGACUGGCUAUGAAAUACAUAGUUAUCUCUGUUACAGUAUUAAGUAGUAUAGGUUUUUAGGAAACUUCCAUUUCAAUUUAUUAUGAAUAAAAAUAGUAAUAAAUAUAUUUAUAGUGAGAAUUUCAAACUGCUCCUGAUUACUUUUUAGUAAACAGAAAAAAUUCAAUUGUUAACCUUAAAAAGUGUAUAAUACUUACCUCAGUUCUUCCUCUGUUAUAACAUCUGUAUUAACAAGAAAUUAGUAAUUUUGAAUUAUGAUUAAAUGAGCACUUACCUAUUGC